AUGGUCUCCACACGCACUUUUGCGGCACUUCUGGGCACCGUCGUCCCGCUCACGUGGGCCUACCCGAGCAUGAUCCAAGCUCGGGAUGAUCAUCCCUUCAACGCCCACGGCCCCAACGACCGCAAAAGUCCCUGCCCCAUGAUGAACACGCUCGCCAACCACGGCUUCAUCCCGCGGACAAACAUCUCCAUGGACCAGCUGGUGUCGGCGCUUGAGCUAAGCAUCGGCCUCGAGGGCGCCGCGACAAGGAUUGUGGGCGGCAAGGCCCUCUCGACGUCGACGACGGGCGACCCAAACACCUUCAACCUGGAAGACAUCACCAAGCACGGCAUGCUCGAGCACGACGGCUCCCUGUCGCGCUCUGACCUCGCCGAGGGCGACAAUCACUCCUUCAACAAGACCAUCUGGGAGAACACGCUCACCUUUUUCAAGGACGACAAGAUCUCCAUCGCUCAGGGUGCCGCCGCUAGGAACGCUGCCAUUGCUGCGGCCAAGGUCAGGAACCCAACGUUCUGCAUGGCCGACGGCGACGUGGAGAACAGUGCCAUCGAGUCGGCGCUCUACCUGCGCGUGUUUGGUGGCGUCAAUGGCGAUGCCAGGAAAGACUGGGUCAAGAUUCUAUUUGAAGAAGAGCGUAUGCCUUAUGCCGAGGGGUUCCCAAGGAAUCCUACGGGUAAUAUCACGGCCCAAGAAAUCCUUGCGAUUGCAAGCAAGCUCACUGCGGCUUAG